CCAAAGUUGGUCUGAAAGAGAGAGAGAGAAAUGGCGAUGGAAAAGGAGCAGCAGCAAUGGUGGAAGAAGAGAUUCUCUUUCAAGAACGCGACGAUAGCGGUUUGCUUAUUCAAUCUCAUUACUGCGAUAAUAUUGCUACAGGGUUUUCUCUCCGCCGCUUCCAAUCGCAAAUUCUAUCCCAACUACGCUAAUUCAGUCAAUCUUAGAUACAAAAAGGAAUCUGAAGAGUUACGCCGUUCAAUGGAGCCUGUAGAAUUAAUAAAAAGAGUAAGGGAAAUUGAACAAGAAGGAAGGUUAGAACAAGGCAUAGUUCAGCAGCAAAAGGAUACAAAACAGACCGCUGCUGUUGAUGUAAUGAUGAGAUUGAAUAAUUUCAGAUCUUAUUCAGACAAUGAUAGCCUAAAAGCUUUGGAAGAAUGGCGGAAAAGGAAGAUGGAACGAGCUAGACAACGAAUGGGAAAGAAUGCAACAACAGCUUCAUAACAUCGCAAACUUAAACAAAAGGGUUCUUGAAUCUUGGUAAGUAUAUAUAUGCAUAUAUCAUGAUGAAUUGAAAUGGGCUAAUUUGAAUUUCUUUUCAAAUAACAAAUUGUGUUCUUCUGUCACAUUGUUAUCUAAUACAAAUAUGAGAAAUGAUAUCUAAUUUUACCUCUUUUAUA